AUGGCCAACAAGCCGUACAAGGAAGUAAGGUUGCCUGUACCUCCACCUCCGCCGCAAGCUAGAAAGCCCAGUCAGCCGGUCAGCAUAGUGCGCACUCUCAUUGGACACUCUGGAGGAUUUGCUCAGACUAACUAUCGCCAGAUUCCCACUCCUGGUCGUAUCAUGGAGUGGACCGCUAGUGACGGACGUAAAGGCAAACUUACUGGCGCUGGGAAGCCGCGACUCACUGCAGCCAGUCUUGCGAAGGUGCCAUCCGACAAGCGGUCGACAAAGGAAGCGCUUAGUGUAAAGAAUACAUCGAAGAAAGCAAUUUCGACCAAACCCGCUGUCGAUGGAGGUGACUGGCGGGGUGCCAACACCAAUUGGGCCGACGCUUCUGUGAAAGAUGGAAACAAGGAUUCGGGUUCAAAGAAAGGAAAUGCAGGGUUCUUGGAUAGCACAGGCAACGAUAGCAAUGAUCCGCUCGCGAAUGCUUGGGGAAACGCUGGAGAUGCUGCGGGUGGCGAUGACAAGACAGGCGAGAAGAAGGAUGAGACUACACCAGCUUGGGACACUCCGACCAAUGCUCCAACCGGUCCGGAAGCGUGCGACAAUCCCGCUCAGGGCAGCGAGGGAGACGAGAAAGACGAAAACAAAAACGCUUGGACAAAGGAACAAGAUGAGAGGCUGAUACAGAUGAAAACCGAGACCUCAAAGACCUGGGCUGAGAUGGGCAACGAGCUGGAUGGUAAGACUAAAGAUGAAUGUAUCGAGCGCUUCAACCAGAUAAAGCCUAAGGGUUGGAAACCUAAUGCAGACAACCAAGGCAGAGAGGGUAAAGGGGGUGCAGGUAAGAAGGGGAAGGAGAAAAGGCAGAACCAUAAUCAGGCCCAGAGCAAAGGAGGUAACAAGAAAGAUGAGAAGACACAUGGCAACCAAGAGGGAGAGAAGAAAGACGAGACAUCAUGGGUUGCUGAAGCUUGGGGUAUGCCGGGAGGAAAUGGUGAUGUCUUUCCUGAUUUAUCUAGUAGAGACACGGGCGACAACAAAGACGACUCUGGCAACAAGGACAUUUCGUGGGACGACCUUAAAGGAGAUACUACAGGCGCCGGUACUAGUGAAUGGGACACGAAGGGUGGAUGGGUCUCUGGCAACAUUACAGGUGGUCGAGACGGUGCUGAUGCUGCUGCUGUAAAAUGGGAUUCCAACAGUGGAGGAAACUGGAACACGAACUCGAACAGCGAUCAGGACAAGAAAAAAGACGAUGCUAGCAUGGCAGAUCCAUGGACUUCGACCGCUCCAACACAGAACUUUCCUCCGAAGCAAACUCCUUCACAAACUGGCUCUCAACACAAAGCCAGCAGCAACAACAACGCCCAGCCCAUCACCACCCGUCCCCUCGAACUCGAAGUCAAACCCGACGAUACCUUCUCUGCAGAUGACUUACGUCUCGUGGCUCGAAUCCUACAACAGGAUUGCUCUAUGGUCUGGAAUAGGGUUAGCUGGCGCUUCAGGGACAAGACCGGUAGGACACUGCAUCCUGAUGAAUUCGAGAAGAAGAUUACGGGACGUCUCGAGGGCAAGGAUUGCGAGAAGAGUAAGCGGAGGUAG